AUGGCCACUGCUACUAAGAUACAUCUGUCGCCGGCGACAGACUCCGGAAUCUACAGCUUCAAUGUGAGGGAAGAUACCGCGCGGACAGUGAGCGAGCUCUUGCAGGAAGACCUGGAAAUCCACCAUGUCUUCUUUAAUAACGAACGGUUCCAUAAUCACAUACCCCACGAGCUCCUUACUAUCUAUGCUCUUGGUGCAUCACCGGAGGAGGUCAAGACUUGCUAUGACCGGAAUAAGCGUUAUCAGAGACCCGCCCUUCCGGCAAACCAAGAUAUUGUCCAGUCUAUGCAUGAUGUCGCUAAAUUCAAGGAGUGCUCUGGGAAGGAAGAAAAUUACCCUCAUUACCUAGCUUUCUUCCAGCAGGAGAUUGACGCAAAAGGCGUCCCAGAUGUUCUGAAUGAGUAUUUAUUCGCUGAAGAUGAGCGAGCGGAGAGUAUGAUGUGUCGUGUGUUUGCCGGCCUCAUUCACCCGUUCAUCCAACUCGGUUUCGGGAUUGAAUUCAACCAACCUGCUAUUGUAGCCCAAGGUCUUGCUCAGAUAGCAGUGCACGAUGACUGGCUGGGUCGUGCCUAUUUCCUACCCGCGGAGAAGAUGGCUGGCGGCAUCGGAAAGCCGGGACAGAAGUCGCUGUUCCAGCUCAUAAAUGAGAUUCGGGCAGACAAGACCCUUGUUGAGAGUGUUCAGUGGUCUGACAGUAAUAAGAUCAAAGAUGGAGUGCUCCACAGAGCGCCUGAGCAGAUGUUGAAGUAUGCUUCUCAAUUUACUGUAUCCAAGGAUCAGGUGCAUGGGCGGUUAGCGGAUAUGACCAAUACAGUCGUCUACUAUACCAGUGCCGCCCAGCGUCCGACCAAAGAAAUGUGGCUUGAUUUCUUCUUGAUCCAUUGUGUCAAUUCCUCUAUCUUCUUUUCUAAGAUUAUCGAACUCCCUUUCAUGACUCAGCGAUCCAAACUGCGCAUGCUGGAAUGGAAGGGACGAAUCGAGCUGCUGAUGUAUACUUCGCGUGGAACGCCGGAUCUCCUCCUGGAUGAAGUGGCCAAUUAUCCCCCGAAGGACAACUGGUCACAGCUAUUCGCGCGUAGCAUCGCCCAUCCCGAUGACGAUGGACAUCUAGCCAAGCUGGUGCGGGCUUUGGCGCACGGCCAGAAAGUCUGCCAGGUAUAUGAGAGAACACAUCCCGAGAUGCGGAUCAAGGGAAAUAUGUGGCUUAGCGUUGGGAAUAUAGCCGUUGACUCUACUGUCGAGGAGGGAGGUAGACCAAUGUGGGUCCGUUCUACUGGAUUCGAUGAAGCAUGGGAGUCUCAACGGGCGCAUAUCUGA